AUGCAAAUUAUUGUUAAUUCUGUAUUUGAUAGUUCAUUAGAUAAUCGAAGUGAUAGUCGAGUAGCAAAAACUUCUGGAAAAAGUGAAAGAGGAGAAACUCAACAUGAUGAUGAAGGAUCUUCAACGAUUCAAUAUAAAGCAAAUCCAUAUCCGAUUGUUAAAGCACUUAAUGAUACUGAAUUAAGAGAAAAUAUUAAACGAAUUCAAUUGAUUGUUGUUACUUCACUUAUUGAUAAACAAACAAAUUUAGGUGUCAAUGGCGAAAAUCAUAAUCAUGAUCCAAAACUUCCGGAAAACGUUCAAACUGUACUUGUCGGACUAAAACGUCGAGUAUUAUCUGAUAUUGAAAAACCAAUACCAACAAUUUAUGAUGAGGAAGUCAAAACAUUUCGUCGGGAAAAUGGCUCUGCAGCUACCAUACCAGUGUUUGAUUCAUGGAAAUCAACUCUAUAUUCUGUUCGUAAAUCAAUAUUACCUCCGGUACCAACAUUACUAUCAUCUAUUGAAAUUCCGCGUGAUAUGCAUUUCAAUAAUACCAAUCAACCAUUCUUAUUUUAUAAUUCACCAACGCCGCACAAAGUGAUCGCGUUCGCAUCUGAACCAGCAUUGAAAAUACUGAGCGAAAAUCAUCAUUGGAACGCUGAUGGAACAUUUCGGACGUCGCCAGCAUUAUUUACUCAAGCAUAUUAUAUACACGUGUUUGAUGAAUACAGCAUGAAACCAGUAGUUUAUGCAUGUUGCGAAGAUAAAUCUCAAGCUGGUUAUGAUUAUUUAUUUCGAUCCUUAGUUGGCUAUGCUGCAGAGAAAAAGAUCGUUUUAAAUCCGAAAUCCAUAUUAAUCGAUUUCGAACAAGUCGUUGUAAACACGAUUAACGAUGUUUUUCCACAAACUCUACCAAUGGUACCUCAAGAUGAAAUUAAUCAUUGUAUGGAACGAAUAAUUGAUGAAUUAUUGACUAUUAAUACAAAAUUCGAUAAAUUAACAGAUUAUAUUGUGAAUAAUUAUAUUGACGAUGCUCGUUUUCCAUUCGACAUGUGGAAUCAUUUUGACUCGCUUGGUCAACGACCACGUACGAAUAACCACUUAGAGGGAUAUCAUAGACAACUCAAUGCACGCGUGCGAACGAAUCCAGAUCUUUGGACACGGAUUAAUGAAAUACGUUCAUCGGAAGAGUCUGUUAUGUGUCGCGUAGAACAAGAGCAAGCUCAAAAACGCUCGACAAGAUCAAGAAAAGCAAGAUAUGCACGUGAUGAUGAAAAACUCAAGUUGGCAAAAACAAAAUAUAUGCAAGAUAAAGACUUCGAUGCUUACCAAAAAGUUUUACGUGCUCUAUCUCAUCGGUAUAUUAACGUCAUAGAAGAUGCUACAGAUAGUAGUGACGAAGACUCUUUUCAUUGAUUGUAUAGUUUUCUUAUCAAUAAAUAUUUAUUCUGAUCUUAAUCGUCAAUUUUUCAUUUACGUAAAAGUGGUCUCUUUUUGGAAACAUAUUAGAGAUGAGAUUAAUGAAAUUUUUCCCAUUCCAAAAAGAGACCACUUUAAUGUUAAUUGGCUUAUUUACUGGUCUCAUUUCGGAAAUAGCCAUUGAUAACACGUCAUUUUGGUAAGUUAAUUCAAUCAAAUUUCUUUGUUUGUUAUUUAUAUAUUUCUUUUUUUUGGCAAAUGAAUAAUUAAAUGUUUAUACUAACUCAAUAAAUAAUUCAACAAACGGCAUGUAAAGACUUUUAGGUCUAGUCUGGUUUAAACAAUGAUUUUCUUCUGUUCUUUUAGACCAAACGGUAUAUCUUACACAAUGCACCUACAUAUGUAUAUAUAUGCAUAUACACUACACAUAUCGUCGUAGUGCCUCAAAAGUGAAUUCGUGCUGGUUAUAUUUAACUAUUAUUCUAUUGGAUCAAAUUGUUGUUUUGAAUUAUAUAUUCAAAUUGAACAUUUUACUUCUCAUCGGUUUUACCAAUAAUGGACAAAGAAAUUAAAUUAUCACGGAAAAUAGUAUAAACUAGAAUUCUUGUUAUUAAAAAAUAUUGUAUAUUUAUUUAAGAUCGCUAAGUAUUACAAAUGGAUGAGACAAUUAGAAGAACAAAAACGUCAAACAACAGAUGAUUUUAUGGUUAAAAGAUUGAACGGCAACAUCAAAGCGUAUAUCAGUUUGAUAGACAUCGAACAAAAACAAUUAGGUAAUUGCAUUAAUAACAAUCAUUUAUCAAUUUUAUUUUUCUUAUUUUAAUUUAGAUAGACUCUUGAGCAACCAAGAAAAUCAAGAACCAUAGUUUUUUUCAUUUGUAUAAAUGUAUGUGGUAAUGUAUAUCAUGUAAAAAACAAUGUGUUUGUUUCUUUUUUUUUGUAAAUAUAAGAGGCACUACCUGCAUAACCACCCAGGGCGAACUCACCCUGCCGGAUCCUAUCGGAUCCGUGAUUAUCCGACAUUUUCUGACAGUCGGAUCCGAUGGGAUUUCGACGGUCGGAAACUUUCAUUAUCCGUUAAUUUCCGACGUCGGAUAUUGUCGGAUUCUGUUGGAUUCCGGCGACAGAAUCCGAUGAGAUCCGAUAGUCAGAAAUUGUCGAAUCCGAUGAAAACC